ACUCAGACAGCAACUGAGAGGAAAGAAAUCACUUCUUAUUUUGUGCAACAUCAUCGGAUUCUGAACAGCCGUGAAUGGUAUUUGACAAAUGAACUGGCUAUAGCAGACAGGAUCGCUUUCAGACAGCAGAAUGAGUGUUUCAUUGAUAUUUUCAAGAAAAUACCAAAGCUUGAAAAACUGAUCUCUGACACCAAGGAGAAGUGUCAGCAGCCAGCAGAUGAAUUCCUAAAGGAUGUUCAAAGCACCUUGAAGAGUUUGGAUUUGGAAAGGGAGAAGCAGAAAGCAAUGCCAGAUCCAAAGCCAAUCCCCUCUUACACAGGAUCUACUUUCUAUGAGUCAGAAAAAUUCAAAGUUUGGAAGGAAUUACUGAUGCCAAAUAAAGUGGAUAUGACUCUGCAUAAAAGAUGUUCAGAACCUGGAGCCGAGAAGCAUGAACUUAUUGUGUCUGUGGAUGGAAGAAGUGUGACAUGGAACCCAGACUCAGCUGUGUCUGGCAGCUUCAAGAGAUUUGAUCCUUCCUGUUAUGUUCUGGGCUCUGAGGGCUUCACAUCUGGAAGACAUUACUGGGAGGUGGAGGUGGGGAAGGAGCAUGAGGGGGAAUGGCUGUGGCAUUGGGAAUACGAUGGGGAAGAAGAAUGGGCCAUAGGGGUUGCCAAAGAGUCUAUGACACACAAGACCCCAUCUGACCUUACACCUGAAGAAGGAAUCUGGUGUGUGUGGAUGAGUCAGGACACAAUUCAUCCCAGCUAUUGGGGUCCUCACUAUCAGACCCCUGCCAUUACUGCUGCUCAAAACAUGAAUUUGAUCUCUGCCUGUUAUCAGACCCCAGCCACCACUCCAGCCCCUGUUGUGUCAGGCAUAACACCAGCCCUAGCUUCACCCACAAUUCUGUGUCCUAUAGCUUCAGCAACAACUCCAGGGCCUAUGACCCUUAAUUGGCAUCAUGGCCCCACAGAUCCCGAAUUCCAGAAUGAGACAGUUAUAAGGAUAAGAGUUUGUUUGGAUUAUGAAAAAGGAUGGGUGACAUUUUACAGAACUGAUAACAUGGCUGUUCCCAUCACUUACUGCACCUCCUUCACUGAGAAAAUCUUCCCUAUUUUUUGGGUAUGUUCCCAAGGAACAUGUCUCAGACUGUGUUCCUGAGGGGGAUAAAAGAGCCCUGAUAUUGCUCUUUCAACUGUCCAUAUAAAUAUUAAUCAAUCUGGAGUUAUCCUCAGUUAGUAGAAGACAAAUUUUCAAAGAUAUUUAGGCACCUAAAACUGCAGAUAAGAGCAUAGCGGGAUUUUGUAUACAGGCAGU